GAAAAACAGUGACCGGAUGUGAUCGGUGCUCUAACCUUUGACAGCUCGUACUACGCACCGUGACGCUGCUCCGCUUUCUGCACCGACACAAACUCACGCUGCUCAACCAGACUGAAAAUGCUGUCCUACAUUAUCGGACUGAUCCGAGGCGGCCUGGACGGCAUCAUCAACCUGAUCUUCAGGCUGUUCUUCUCCAAGAGGAGACCUGCCAUCACCUUAGAGGACCCCAACAUCAAAUAUGCACUGAGACUGCUGGACAAGCAGAUCGUCAGUCAUGACACGAGGAAGUUCCGCUUCGCCCUGCCGUCCCCUGAACACGUCCUGGGCCUCCCCAUCGGGCAGCACAUCUAUCUGUCUGCCAAAGUCGACGGGAAGCUGGUGGUCCGUCCGUACACACCGGUGUCCAGCGACGAUGACAAAGGCUACGUGGACUUGGUGGUGAAGAUUUACUUCAAAGACGUUAAUCCGAAAUUCCCCGAGGGAGGAAAGAUGAGUCAGUACCUGGAGAGCCUCCGGAUCAACGACACUAUUGACUUCAGAGGACCCAGCGGUCUCCUCGUUUACAAGGGCAGAGGCGUGUUUGCCAUUCAGCCAGAGAAGAAGUCCCCAGCUGAGAUGAAGUCCGCCAAACAUGUGGGCAUGAUCGCCGGAGGCACAGGCAUCACUCCCAUGCUGCAGCUCAUCACGGCCGUGAUGAAGGAUCCUCAGGACGAGACGGUGUGUCACCUGCUGUUUGCCAACCAGACGGAGAAAGACAUCCUGCUGAGGCCGGAGCUGGAGGAGAUUCAAGUCAACAACCCGGACCGGUUCAAGCUGUGGUUCACCGUGGACAGAGCACCUGAAGACUGGGAGUACAGCCAAGGCUUCAUCAAUGAAGACAUGGUGAGGGAACACCUUCCCCCUCCCAGCGACGACACCCUCAUCCUGAUGUGCGGACCUCCGCCUAUGAUCCAGUUCGCCUGCAACCCCAACCUGGACAAAGUCGGCCACACCGCCGACCGCAGGUUCACCUUCUAAGACGCCAAAGAGUCGAAGGUUCGGACACACGCGGCGGUCCGGUUAUCAUAUCCCCCGAAAGCAUUAAAGCACUCGUACAGUUGCAGUGGGUAUUGCACUAUGUAUACUAUAUUUAUGCCAUGAUAUUCUUCAUGCAGCAGAAUCACAAGCAAGGACCAAUUCAUGUAAUCAGUAAGUGUGGUGGAAGGGCAGGAGGUGGUGACGUAGAGCCGUAGAAGAAGAGGUGGUGUUGUGAUGAAGUGUUCAGACUGUUGAUUUGUUGCAAACAAACGAACCCCGCUGUCCUGCUGUGGCCUCAGUCCGGUUUACCGGCUGUUUUUCUGAGUGCCUUAAACACUUGCAAAGCUUAUUUUUUUAUGCACCGAAUGGAAGAAUCGUGACCACUUUGCUUCAUUUAUACAGAUCGUAUUAUUCCAUCGUCGCUGUUGAGAAGUCGCUACAGAGUUAUGACUGCCCCUCUCAUCGGUCGUCUCGGAAAAAAGUCUAUAUUAUGCUUGAACAUGUUGAUUCGUCCAACGUGGCGUGGUUACCGAUCUCGUGGUUGAAUUAUGCAACAUAAAGAUCAACUGCUAUUGAA